AUGGCGCCCGCUAAGGCCAAGGGCCAAAAGAUGAGCAUGGUGGAGUUCCUGGGAGUCGACAAGCCCUCCGGUGAUUUCAGCUGGGCUGACGAGUCUGAGGAGGCUGGCAUGGAGCAGCCCAACGUGCCUGCUGAGAGAAGGGAGCGCCCCUCCUAUGGUAUGGGCUAUGGAAACGGUGGUUUCGACCGUGAGGCCCGUGGUGGUGGUGGUUUCGAGAGCCGUGGAUAUGAGACCCGUGGCGGAUACGCCGUUCGAGAGCCCCUCGACCUUCCCACUGAGCCCCCAUUCACUGCUCACAUCGGAAACCUGUCGUUCGAAGCGACUGCCGCCGACGUUACCGACCUCUUUGCCGACUGCGGUGUCACCAAUGUCCGAAUUGUGGAGGAUAGACAGACUAACACCCCCAAGGGCUUUGGCUACAUUGAGUUCGAGACCGUUGCUGGUCUGCAAAAGGCCCUUGACCUGUCUGGCACUAACCUGAUGGGCCGCACUAUCCGCACCAGCGUUGCCGACCCUCCCAAGGAGGGUACCCGCGCUGACCCCCGCGAAAUGGACUGGACCCGCCGUGGCCCUCUUCCCCCCGCCCCCUCCGAGCGCCGUGUGCCUGACCGUUCCAGCUUCGGCCGCAAUAUGGAUGCUGCUUCUGACGCCGGGAGCGAGCGUGGUGGCCGCCGCAGCAACUUCGAGUCCGAUGGAAAGUUCCGCGACUUUGGCAACUGGGAGCGCAAGGGCCCCCUUUCUCCCCCAGCUGGUGCUGGCUUCCGCGAAGGUGGCCGCCCCCGCAACAACGAUGGCGCCGCCCCUGCCUGGGGUGAGGGACGUUCGCAGGAUGGUUCCCGCCCUCCCCGCCCUGAUCGCCCGGAGCGCACUCCUACCGCUGCCGACAUGGACAACCAGUGGCGCACUAAGAUGCGCCCCGAUGCCGCCCCUAAGGAGCCCACCUCUCCCGUUGCUCCCGCCGCCCGCCCCAGACUGAACCUGCAGAAGCGCACUGUCUCCGAGGCCGUCUCUACACCAGCUGCCGACGCUGGUGAUUCCAAGGCCAGCCCCUUCGGUGCCGCUCGCCCAAUCGACACUGCUACCCGUGAGCGUGAAGUGGAGGAGCGCCGCCAGCUUGCUAUCCGCCAGAAGAAGGAGAGCGACGACAAGGCCAAGGCCGAGAAGGCCGAGAAGGCCGAGAAGCAAAAGAAGGAGCCCAAGGUCGGCACGGAUUCAAACAAGGAUGCCAUUGAGCCCCCCAAGGGUGGCGGCAACUUUGAGAUCCUCCGGCGGGCCGGUGAGGACGAGACGAACACGAGCGCUGAUAAGGAGACUGAGGAGACGGCAGUCCCGGCUGCUGCCGCUGAGGAGACCCCUAAGGAGGCCGCCACUAAUGGUAGCUGGCGCACUGCCGAGGCUCCUGCUGCUGAUAAUGACGGAUGGAGCACUGUUGAUACGACCAAGAAGCGUGGUCGUCGUGGUGGUCGUUUCUGA